AUGGACGCCGUCCAGAUCUCCCUCGCCGUCUUUCUGGUCCUCCUCUCCGUCGCCGUCCUCUCGGCCCUGGCUCGCGGACGCCGCCGCGGGCCGCCUCUCCCUCCCGGCCCCCUGGCCCUCCCCAUCAUCGGCAAUCUCCACCUCCUGGGCCCCCGCCUGCACCAGACCUUCCACGAGCUCGGCAAGCGGCACGGCCCCCUGUUCCGGCUCCGGCUGGGCUCCAUCUUCUGCGUGGUGGCCACCACCCCGGAGCUUGCCCGCGAGUUCCUGAAGACCCACGAGCUGGUGUUCUCCAACCGCAAGCACUCGACCGCCAUAGACGUUGUCUCUUAUAAGUCCUCCUUUGCAUUCUCCCCCUAUGGGCCCUACUGGAAAUACAUCAAGAAGCUCUGCACCUACGAGCUCCUGGGCGCCCGCAAUCUGAGCCACUUCCAGCCCAUCCGGACUAUGGAGGUCCGCGACUUUCUCCAAACCCUCAUGCAUAGGGCCGAAUUGGGGGAAAUUGUCAAUGUCACCGAGGAGCUCUUCAAAUUGGCCAGCAACGUCAUCUCCCACAUGAUGCUAAGCAUUCGGUGCUCCGGGACAGAGGGGGACGCGGAGGCCGGCCGGACUGUGAUUCGACAGGUGAUGCAGAUUUUCGGGGAGUUUGACGUGGCAGAUUUGAUCUGGUUCUUCAAGAAUUUGGAUCUGCAGGGGAUUAGGAAGAGGUCGGAGGAUAUUCAGAGGAGGUACGAUGCCCUGCUGGAGAAGAUUAUCAGGGACAGGGAAGAGGAGCGGCGGAGCCAUGGCAAAGGAGGACAGGCGAGGGAUUUUCUGGAUAUGUUCCUUGAUGUGAUGGAAGGCGGCAAGGCGGAGGUGAACUUUACCAGAGAACAUCUCAAGGCUUUGAUUCUGUUUUUGAAACAUGAGAAUGCGAGCCUAACCUUGCCUUGCACUAAGCGCCACAGCAUGUUUGAGGAUAAAUAUAUUAUGUGA